UUCAAAUCAAAACAUUCCAUUACGAUGCACACAGAGCCGCAACAGUUAAUCGACAAGUAAUCGAGUACUCGAUUAAUCGCCAACAAUUUUGAUGAUCGAUUGAUCGGUUCAAGUAGUGUUUAUGAAAAUUGUUCUUCGCUCCUCCACGGAUAAUGAUAACAAUCGUUAGCCGCAGCCCUAGAUGCAAAUCAGAUGUCAUCGCCGAUGACAUCAAGGAUCAAAGAAUCAAAGGUGAACCUGAGUGAGCAGCCCCUCUCACUGCCUGUCAGGAUGAAGGAAGAGGAGACUUGUCAGCCAGUUCCACCUGUGACGUCCAUUCCUUUACAUCCUCAGUGGUUUGCUUCCCAGCAAAAUGACCCUAGCCUGCCGUUUAUGGCCAUGGCCGGCCCACAGACACAGCAGCCUCUACCGGGCACCUCUCAAUACUAUAGUGUUGUGCAGAAUCGCAUGCAGCACUAUGGUAUGCCCACAUUGCAAGGUCGUCCUGUCCAGUUCCAACCUGAUGGAACACAUAACAUCCUGCUGCAAACACCACACCCUACGACGAGCACCACAGAGAACAGAAGGGACAGGCUGGACCAGCCACAGAUGAAUAGUAAGCAGACACUGUCAGGUUCCGCGGGUGACUUCACUGCCUACCAGCAGCACAAAGCCAGCUCCAGCCUCCCGCACGGGGGGGCAGGGGCCAUUGCUCAUAGCUCCAAGAAGCCCGGAGAGGUGGUCUCACAUAAGAGAGAGCUCCGCUUGCAGAAGAACAGGGAAGCCGCCCGGGAGUGUCGACGAAAGAAGAAGGAAUAUGUCAAAUGCCUAGAAAAUCGCGUGGCCGUGCUGGAAAAUCAAAACAAGACUCUGAUUGAGGAGCUUAGAGCCUUAAAAGACAUUUAUCAGCACAAAGCUGAAUAACUCCUCUGAAGGCAUCGCGACUGUGUGGAACUAUGAGCAGUAGUCGGUUUCCGUGAGAUGUCUCGAGGACUAGAGGUUUUUUUCUCAUGUACAAACACUCACAUGAACACACUCGCACAAAACACUCCUUGUUCUUGCCGUUAAAUGUGUUUACAGGAUGAUGUCAAUGUUUCUGGCUCUGAACCGUGCGCACGCUACUACCAGCAACAACAAGGACCUUGUUUCAGGUCAGGGUCAUUGUCAGUGAGCUUAUGUCCCAUGUACAGCCAAAGCAAGCAGGAAGACAAAGAAGGAAUAUAUGGAUCACCUGCACACUCACAAAGCCUUACUGAGUCAGAUACUAGAGGUCCAGCAUUGAUCCGUCACAUGUGCUGCUCCACACUUAACAUUCCUUUACGAUUAGUUUUAUAAUUUGGCUCUGAUGAUAUUCUAUAUCAGCCGUUAGUUUUUUUUAUAAUUGCUGUAUUUCGCUACGGGAUCUUUGUUCAGGGAAACACUUUCAUAGACCAAAUGUUCAAAUGGGACCUCAUCAUCGGGGUUUCACAUGGCAAUAAGAAAACAAAAAAUUCCAGCACACACCAGGAUGCCAGGAUUGAGCUUGACAUUUUUUGUUUUCUCAUUGUGAUUGAUCCUGCACCGUCUGGCACCCAGGAGAAGCAUUGCUGUGCACGGGGAACAUCGUUUUUGUUUUUCUUUCAUAGAAAUUAUACUAUUCCACUUCAGAAAUCCAAAUGCAAGCAUACCAACAGGAAUUUAUCAUCCACCAUCCAUCCUUCAUAUUUAAUGCAGAGACCUACCAAUGUCUGCAAGGGCAUUUUCUGCUUUCAACCUGUGGCAUUAAUAUUUAUUUUUUAAAAAUUGUAAGUUUAAUAUUUAGUUAACAAAUACACAAAAUAAUGUUUGUUAAAAUUGUAUGAACUCUGUGUUUUGAAUCACGUUUCUUCACAAUCAUUUAAAAUUGAAGUUGUUAGACGAUGUUAGAAGUUUUUGAUGACAAAUUGAAUGCUGAAAUUCAGCUCUUAACAAGUGUUGGUGUUUUGUUUUGUUUUUCAACAUUAGCUGUUGUCUUGUUUUUACCGCACCGUAUUUUAAUAAAGUUUUCUUGCUCAUC